AGCACAUCUGUUUGGUUGUAUCAACAUGUCUUCCCAAAUUUCAUCAUGCCCCCCCACCCAGCAUUCUUCUUCGGAAGCCGAAAAAACAGAGCUCAUUCGUCACACCACCAAUUUCCACCCAAGCAUUUGGGGAGAUCGUUUCAUUACUUACACUUGUGAUAACAUGAAACUUGAGUCUUACAAUCAACAAGUUGAAGAGCUAAAAGAAGAAGUGAGGAGCAUUUUAAGGAAUUCUGCCAAUAAACCAUUGGAAAUGUUGAGUUUGAUUGACGCAGUCCAACGUCUUGGCUUGGGGUAUCAUUUUGAGAGAGAGAUAAACAAGAUGCUAGAACAGAUAUUCGAUGCCCACAUUGUCUACUUUAAUGAUAUGGAUGAUAAUCUCAAUGCUGUUGCCCUUCUGUUUCGAUUACUCAGGCAACAUGGUUAUAACAUACCAUGUGAUGUGUUCAAGAAAUUCAAAGAUGAAGAUGGAAAGCUUAGAGAGAGCUUGGCUAGAGAUAUACAAGGUAUGCUGAGUUUGUAUGAAGCUGCAUACCUUGGGAAACGUGGAGAAGAAGUUCUAGAUGAAGCCCUUGCUUUUACCACUGCUCAUCUCAAGUCGACUGUGGCUACGGAUACAACUUCCCCUACUCUUGUAAAACAAGUGAAGCAUGCCCUAGAGCAGCCUCUCCACAGGGGAAUACCUAAGAUAGAGGCACGACAUUACAUCUCUUUCUACGAAGAAGACAAAUCACGAAAUCAAGUUCUGCUCAAGCUUGCUAAGUUAGAUUUCAACAGAACACAGUUGUUAUAUCUCAACGAGCUAAGCCAAGUAUCAAGGUGGUGGAAGAAUAUAGAUUUUACAUCAAAGACACCUUAUGCAAGAGACAGACUGGCAGAGUGCUAUUUUUGGUCAGCUGGAGCUCUUCCUGAACCCCAAUACUCUCUUGGACGAAAGACUCUCGCCAAAAUAGUUGCCAUCAAUACAAUUUUAGACGAUACUUACGAUGCAUAUGGUACCUUUGAAGAACUCCAGCUCCUUACGGAUGCAAUCCGAAGGUGGGAUGCCAAUGAAACUGAUAAGCUACCGGAAUACAUGAAAGUGAUAUAUGUUACACUCUUAGAUAUUUACAAUGAAAUUGAAGAAGAGAUGAGAAAGGAAGGAAGAUGUUUUUGUGUCUCUUAUGCAAAAGAAGCGAUGAAGGAUUUGAUUGAAGCCUACCAAAUUGAAGCCACAUGGUUGAAAGAAGGGCAUAUUCCUACAUUUGAAGAGUUUAGCAAGCUUGGCCUAAUUACCAGUACAUACAUUAUGAUGACAAAUGUAAUCUUCGCAUGCAUGGGAGAAAUGGCAACAAAAGAGGUGUUUGAUUGGCUAUCAAAGACACCUGAUGCUGUUAAGAGUUCAUGUAUCAUCGGUCGAUUCUCGGAUGACAUCAUGACUAACGAGUUUGAGCAAGAGAGAGGGCAUGUCUGCUCUGCCAUUGAAUGUUAUAUGAAGCAGUAUGGUGUGUCAAGGGAAGAGGCAAACAAUGAGUUACGUAAGAUUGUCACAAAGGCAUGGAAGGUUUUGAACGAGGAAUGUAUCACACCGACUGCCGCACCAAUGCCUCUGCUAAUCCCAGUUGUCAACCUUGCACGCCUUAUAGAAGUCGUCUACAAGCAUGGAGAUGCCUUCACCAACGUCACUACAGGGUUGAAAACUCACAUCAAACUUUUGCUCAUUGAUCCCAUCACAAUCUGAUCAAACCCGGCCCCACGUGCUACAUACAUAUGUACUAUUCAUGAAUUAGUUACUUAAUACAUAUAUUCCCACAAAAUUAAAAUAAAGUUACAUCAUAAGUGGACAGUGAAAGUGUUACUGUAUCAGAAUCACAUUUUCUAUGAUCGAGGUCAUGCAUCAAGUGUUGUAUUUAAUGUUUUAAUUACUUGAAAAUUAAAUUCGAACAUGUUUCAGUGGAGUUUAUUUUAA